ACUUAAAUCGUCAAAUAAAAUACUCCAUAAAUGCUUUGUUUUUAUUUGAGAAUUUAAAGUUAAAAAUUUAAAAUUAAAGAAAGAAGCUUUUUCUUGCUUUCCAUCAUACCUUCCAAUGCUAAAAGUCGACACCUUUGUGAUUCAUUUUUACUCCACAACAGAAUUUGGUUGACUCCUUUUCUUUUCUUUUCUGUUCACGGUCCACGACAUCUUUCAAUGUUCAAACCACACUUAUUUAUCGAAAUUGCUUCCAUAGGUUUUGUUUUGCUUCCAAGCUUUGAAUCCAGCUGCCAUGGCGGAGAGUAGUGGCGUUGGAACACUGCAUCAACCCGCUCAAGAAGAUGACCAAAAUCUGCACGCCAUCUUUGAUCAGAGAUAUGAAAGAGAAGAAGCCACGUUAAUGCCACCCAGACGCCCAAAUCUCUCAUCCUUGGAAAUACCUGAAAGAUCUUUGGAAGCUGCAUUGUCUGAUUUCACAAGGAUAGACAUCCCCAGUCCCAGUUCUACCAGAGCAGGACUGCCUCCGAGACCCAGUUCGGCGAAACUUAAAUCAUCUGUUAAGAACAUGCUUUCUCAGAAGAGCUUCAGGGGUAAAAUCCCAUCUCAGGAAACUGAAAAAACAGUUCUUAUUAUACCAGACGUGCCCCAUUCAGACAAGCCUUCAACUUCAAGAUCAUUUUCCUUAAACAAACUUUUGUUUUCCCCAUCAACAAAAUCAGUACAUUCUUUACCUGUGACACCAACGACAGUGGCUGAUCCUAAGCCCUCACUGGAAAAUCAUGCGGAUCUUCAAUCCAAAACUCUUCAACCUGAAGCUACGAAAUUCAUGAAACGCUCUUUUUCAGUUCCAGUUAAUGUUAAAACCAGAAGCUUGAGGCGAACAGAAUCAUCUGGAGGUUUGAUACGUGUGAUAUCAAAGCACCAUCACCCUACAACAGUGGAAAAUGCCUCCCCUGAUAUAUCUCCCGAAACAGAAGAUGCCAUAGAAGAUGCUGGGGAAGAUAUUCCCGAGGAAGAGGCUGUUUGUAGAAUUUGUUUAAUAGAGCUUGGAGAAGGGGGUGAAACACUGAAGAUGGAGUGCAGCUGCAAAGGAGAGCUUGCGCUUGCCCACCAAGAGUGUGCUGUGAAGUGGUUUAGCAUCAAAGGUAAUAAGACCUGUGAUGUUUGUAAGCAGGAUGUCCGUAACCUCCCAGUAACGUUACUGAAAUUACAAAAUCAUCCUAAUGUUGUACGAAGACCACCUGUUGCACCACAACAAAGGGAACCGACUCGUUACAGGGUCUGGCAGGAUGUGCCUGUUCUCGUCAUGGUCAGCAUGCUUGCAUAUUUCUGCUUUCUGGAGCAGCUUCUGGUAGCUGACAUGGGACCUCGAGCACUCGCCAUUUCUUUGCCUUUCUCUUGUGUUUUAGGUCUCCUAUCAUCCAUGAUAGCAUCUACAAUGGUGAGCAAGAGUUACAUAUGGGCUUAUGCUUCUUUCCAGUUUGCAAUAGUGAUCCUAUUUGCUCAUAUUUUUUAUGCCGUGCUCAAUGUCAAUCCUAUUCUUUCCGUGUUGCUUUCCUCUUUCACUGGGUUUGGGAUUGCGAUCAGUACCAAUUCACUUCUCGUGGAAUACUUAAGAUGGAGAGAAAGCCGUCAUCCCCAGUCCUUACCACAACAAAUAAGCAGUGGUGUACAGUCCCAUCGACAUGAACAAAGACACCACCAAAACAGGCAGCAUCAUCAUCAUUAUCGGGCCCAACAUAGUGAUCCAAGUAAUCAAGCACUGCAAACUCCAGUGACACUCACAACACCCGCGGGGUCAUCAGAAAACACAUGAGAAGCAGGGAAUGCAGCUGAACAUUUUAGGCAAAGAUUGAAAGCUUGAAGAAGGCAUUUUGAACUGAGAUGUAUCUAUUUUACACGAAACUGAAGGGUUCAGAUGCUCGGCUGGGCAGCUAUUGUAAAUUAGCAAUGUUCUUCAUGGAUCUUAGUUGGAAGAGCUAUUAUAUAUAUAGUCUGCAAUCAGGAUAUUGUAAUUUUGUUAACCAGCCAAAUAUAAAAUUCAAUGAGGUUGGAAGUUAA